CACGCAGUGAGCCUGCUGCACAACAAGACAAUCCCAAACCCAGUAGCACCUGCCCCGCCUGUCAUCCUGCCUGUCUGUCUGCGUAGAUUAACGGCUCUGUUACAACUCUGACUGCGUGCUUACUGGCGUCCACUGCAGCUGAGAGGCGGAGGAGGGGGGGACACGACGGGCUGAAACCCACCAGAGAGACGGGCGGCGAAUGUGAAUGAUGGGGAAACUAAAAAGCGACGACUGCAUUGAGGAUGGGCUAAUGGAUAAACUGCGGGACAAAUAGAUUACCAAAAAAAGCUCAGUUUCUGCAUCUCUACCUUAGGACCUCCUACAGGGAGAUGUUCAUCAUUAUGGGAUAGAUGCAUAGGUCUGCCCAUUGCCAUGGAUACCAGCACGCGAAAAUUCACAGUGCGGAGAUGGUUUUCUAUCUACCUGAAGAACAAGGCAGCGAGGAACAAGAACAACACUGGCUUCUGUCAACUAGAGGAUGACAGUAUACUUAAGGAGAUUGACAUCAGCCACCAUGUUAAGGAGGGUUGUGAGAAAGCAGACCCCUCUCAGUUCCAGCUGCUUAAAGUGCUGGGACAGGGCUCCUAUGGAAAGGUGUUUUUGGUGAGGAAGAUCAGAGGAGUGGACAGAGGACAGCUGUAUGCCAUGAAGGUCCUGAAGAAAGCCACACUGAAAGUUCGGGAUCGCGUGCGGUCCAAAAUGGAAAGAGACAUUCUGGCCGAAGUGAACCAUCCAUUUAUAGUUAAACUGCACUAUGCCUUCCAGACAGAAGGAAAGCUCUAUCUGAUCCUAGACUUUCUCCGAGGAGGAGACCUUUUCACUCGUCUGUCAAAGGAGGUAAUGUUUACAGAAGAGGAUGUAAAGUUUUACCUUGCAGAGUUGGCCCUGGCCUUGGACCAUCUGCACAGCCUAGGGAUCAUCUACAGGGAUCUCAAACCUGAAAAUAUUCUUCUAGAUGAAGAAGGACACAUUAAGAUAACUGACUUUGGCUUAAGUAAGGAGGCCAUUGACCAUGAUAAAAGAGCAUAUUCCUUCUGUGGAACAAUAGAGUACAUGGCUCCAGAGGUUGUAAACAGGAGAGGCCAUACACAAAGUGCCGACUGGUGGUCAUUUGGGGUGCUUAUGUUUGAGAUGUUGACAGGAUCGUUACCAUUCCAAGGAAAAGAUCGAAAGGAAACAAUGGCGCUUAUUCUAAAGGCUAAGCUGGGAAUGCCACAGUUCCUCAGUCCUGAAGUGCAGAGUUUAUUAAGAGCACUCUUCAAGAGAAACCCUGCUAAUCGACUAGGUGCAGGACCAGAAGGAGUGGAAGAAAUAAAAAGACAUCGCUUCUUUGCAUCGAUAGACUGGAAUAAGUUGUACAAGAAGGAAAUGAGACCUCCGUUCAAACCAACAGUUGGAAGACCCGAAGACACUUUCCAUUUUGACCCUGAGUUCACCUCCAGAACACCCACUGAUUCUCCUGGCAUCCCUCCCAGCGCAAACACACACCAGUUAUUCCGUGGUUUCAGCUUUGUCGCAACGACUCAAAUUCAGGAGCCAAGUGUUGCUACUGUAGCACCUUCUCGUCAGGAGGUGACCAACAUCAACCCCAUAGCACAGCAUCUUCGUGGCGACGUGGCCUUCAGUGAUGUUUAUGAGCUUAAGGAGGAAAUUGGACAGACAGCAACUUCUGUCUGCAGAAGAUGUCUGCACAGAGUUACUGCUGUGGAGUAUUCAGUGAAGAUCAUUGAGAGAGCAAGGAAAGAUCCAUCAGAAGAGAUUGAGAUUUUGCUAAGAUACGGACAGCAUCCAAAUAUUGUUACGCUGAAGGACGUGUUUGAUGACGGCCAGUGUGCGUUCCUGGUUCAGGAUUUACUGAGAGGAGACGAGCUGCUGGACAGAGUUCUAACUGUGCCAAAUUUUACAGAGAGAGAUGUGUCAGACAUCAUCUGCACACUGACCAAGACCGUGGAAUAUCUGCACUCACAGGGGGUCGUGCAUCGAGACCUGAAGCCUAGUAACAUUCGCUAUUCUGAUGACAGUGGACUCCCAGAAUGCAUCAGGAUAUGUGAUUUUGGUUGUGCCAAACAGCUCCGGGCUGAGAAUGGCUUAUUGAUGACCCCCUGUUACACAGCUACAUUCAUGGCUCCUGAGGUUCUGAGGAAGCAGGGUUAUGAUGCAGCCUGUGACAUCUGGAGCCUGGGGAUCCUGCUCUACACCAUGAUAGCAGGUUUCAGUCCAUUUGCCAGCAGUUCUGAAGACACAGCAGAGGAAAUUCUGGCUCAAAUUGGCAGCGGGAAAUUCAUUGUCACAGGAGGGAACUGGGACCUGGUAUCAGACUCUGCCAAGGACAUUGUGAUCAAGAUGCUCCAUGUGGACCCUCACCAGCGCCUGACUGCCCCCCAGGUUCUUCGUCAUCCCUGGAUUGUAGACAGAGACCAGCUCUCUGACAGAGCUCUAUCCAGACAGGAUGCACUUACUGUCAAGGGGGCGCUGUCUGCCACCUACUCCGCUCUGAGGCGCUGUGCUCCUGCUCCGGUCCUGGAGCCUGUUCAGUCCUCCAGCCUGGCUCAGCGCAGAGGAAUGAAGAAACUGGGGAGUCCCACAGUUAAUUCAGAACCUAAAGGAAAGGAGUAGCCUCAACAAUCUGAAUAAAACUCAAAAGAAAUUAAACAGAGACCCACAUAAUUAAAGAACAUGUCUUUCUGAAUAGCACAAACUUUGUAACAAAGUGCUUGUAGGCCUAUAAACUGAAUGUAUCCCAAAGGGACUCAGCCUAAUUAACCAUAACAGUAAAGCAGUCCAGUAGCACUGGCAGCAGGAUUAGCUUCAGUUCACUCAAUUAAAAUUGUAAAUAUUAAAGCUUUUAAAUUUUAAGCCAAUCUGACACUAUGCAAUAUAACAUUCAUCAUGUGCACCUGCACAUAAAAUAUGACUCUAAAACCCAGUGAUGUCGACUAUUAUUACCUUUAAAUAAAACCUAAAAUUCUUAAUCCUGAUCACAAAGGGGUUUAAUUCAAGCGGAAGCCUUGUACAACACUUUGGAUGUCGCUCAGUUGUCUUGUGGAAAUUACAAGUUUAAUUUGAAAGUUGAGGUUGAUUUCUAUUGGUUGAAAAAACAUUUACCUAAAUUUUAUUCUUACUUUUAUUUCUCGCUGUUAAGCCUGGCUCUCAGACAACAUUUCUAAUAGCUUAUAAAAAAGUAAGUAAUAAAAUUGGACUGAUAUUCAAAGCAAACACAUGGACAUUUACUUCUUUUUGGUCAUACAUGCCAGAAUACAAUUAGUGUGGAAGUGCAAUAUACAUGGACACAUUGUUACCUGCCUUGAUCUAGUAUAUCUAUAGUAGCUUCAGUAGCUGAAAGUGGGACAAAUGAGUUCCACAAACAACAUGCCAAGCAGUCAAUUUACUUUACUCAUAUUCAGCAGACAUGUAUGUCACCAGUAGUUCAUGGACGGCCAAACAUUAAUAUCUGUCUUCCACAGUCAUAACUCACAUCACAUAUAUCUAACGUUAGAUAGAGGUUAGUGUAACUUCUGUUUUAAUGAGGCACUGCCACUCGCAUUAUAUUUUCCUUCCACCAUUCUUCUGAGUUCUACAGAGAUAUGCAUGUUAAAAAUGUAAAUAUAAUACCAAAGGGAAUUAUUUCUUUAGUUAGCAGAAUCUCGUUGUCCACAAUAUGCUUAAUAAUUUAACUGUAUUUAUUGCUUCCAUAAAUGCAGCCUUUGACUCGUAAAUUAAAUUUACUGUUAAAUGUAUCACUACUGCACUUCCCAGAUCAGAUGGAUCUGUGAGCUUCGAUGGUAAUCACUAAUCUGUUGUGUUUUUUCACAACAAAGUCAAAAUGAGGAGUAGUCAUACAGGCAAGAAAACCUGGAGGGUGUCAUAUAGCACUCACAGAAAAACUCGGCAGCCUAAACUACUUUAUAUUAUUAACUCUGCAUUCAGUGUGAUAGUUAGUAGCUGCCAGUAGGCUUCUGUUUGCUGCUAGUGUCUGAAAGCCAAAAUGUUUGGGAAUCACUGUGUCAGAGGAUUACAGAGGAUACAUACUGUCUGUUGCUGUUGCCCUGGUUGUAUCUAAUAAGUUGUACAACCACAAUUACGAGGUAAGACUGAACAGGGCGUUUUGCAGAUAUGAGUAGCACACUUUGUGUUGUACAAUUACAGUGUUGUACAACUUACCAGUAGGAAUGUAGAUAAAAAGUAAUAAUGCAAAUACUUACUGGUCCGAGGUAAAAACAAAACAUAUUGUGAUGUGUAACCAAUACGCACUGUAGCAGAGACACAGCAAUUCUGUACAUAUAAUGUUUGCAGAUAGACGAGACUGUGUGUGUUGUGAUACAUUGCAACUGUAAGAGGUGGGACCGAUGCAACUAUGAGUAUGCAGAUAUGGUUAUAGAUAUUGUGUUGUACAACCAUAAGUUCACCGUAAAGCUGUAAAUAUUGUUUACUAAUUUAGACUGUACAUACUGAUAUGCAAAACCACCAGGAAAGAGGUUAGAUUGUAAAUAUAUAGUGUUGUACAACUAUCUGCAAGAUGUGCGACUGUAUAUAUUGGGUUUGGAGAUAUAUUGAGAUUGUACAUAUUAUAUUGUGUUGUGCGUCCAUUGCUCAGAGUGUACAUACUGUCUAUACCUGGCCAAUCACUGAAAUUAUUGGCUAGAAUGCCAAUGUUUUACAAAUAAAUGAAAAGAUGCAAUCAGCA